UGCUUUAUCUCCGAGACUCCGAGUUAUGAACACGGAUUUAUGCGAGUGAAUGGGGACACGGGUUUGUGAAGUCUUAGCGCGUGCAAACACCCUCUUGGACAGGAGCCAGGACCUCUAUAAAACCGAAGAAGCCACACCUAAACUGUAAAACUAGAUAAAAAGAGCGACAGGCACUAGUCAGGCAUACAGACAGCAGACGCACAGAAUGGGAUCUUUCGUAUCAAGCUUACUAAGAGGCGGCGGAACUGGAGAGGCUGAUCCGUCCUCAGCGGAGCCAUCUCGGGUCUCGACUUUUCACUCCUCCGCUAGUUGGCAGCUCCAUUUCAAGAACUCCGAAGCUUCAUCCCAGCUCAUGGUGAUAGAUUUCGCCGCGUCUUGGUGUGGGCCGUGCAAGUUCAUGGAGCCAAUCGUCCACGCAAUAGCCUCCACGUACACCGACGUUGACUUCGCUAAGAUCGACGUCGAUGAAUUACCUGAUGUGGCGCAGGAGUUUAACGUGCAGGCGAUGCCGACUUUCGUGUUGGUGAAGAAAGGUAAGGAAGUGGACAGGGUGGUUGGUGCUAAGAAGGAUGAGCUCCAGAAGAAGAUCGAGAAGCACAUGGCCCUCUUACCCUCUUCCUGAUUGUCUUUUGUAGUGUAUUGUUACGCCAAGACGUUCGAACAGAGAUCUCAAGCCAAAUCCCAAGUAUCAGGGAGGAGGCUAAACGUGAGAAGUGAAGACGCAUGGACAUGGACGUGAAAAUGGACGUGAAGACGUAUUGGUGUGAAGAUGGCGUGAGUGGAUUGGGUCAUUAGCAGUCAGAGAAUUUUAUGCUUGAUGUUUAUCUUUCUGCUGCAUUUUAUUUCCGUUAGUACGUGUGUUUGUAUUUUCUAUUAUUACGUGUGUUAUGCUUCGGUUACUAGUUGAUAGCAAUCUUAGUGUUGUGUCCUCUGUUUUCAACAUUAUGUACAUGGUUUGCUAUUUAAGUAACCAAAAAUUAUCAAUGAAAUCAUCAAGCAAAUUUACCCAAAA